UUGUCUCUGCAUUAAUCUAAAAUGUGGUACUAUUUUAAUAGCCAUAUUAGGAAUGUUCAGUGUCGGCAUCGGAGCGGCGCGGUUACUCACACACGACUGUCUCGCGGCCGAGCGUGGCACGUUGGCAAACGUGAUAAAAAUAUAUGCCUAUGCCGUAGCCGUGGUGCAAAUUUUAUUACUAAUCACCAGCAUUAUAUUAAUUAUAGGCGUCAUCAUAGGUAACCGGACUACGGCAACAUGGUUCAUAUAUGCUGGUUUCGCCGCUAUUAUUGUUUUAGUGAUUGGAGUUAUUCUUUUGAUCGUCAAUAGAUUAGUUAGCAGUCUCUGCCCAUUACCGCUCAUAGAAAUAAUUUCUUCUAUAGUGACGUGUUUAGUUUGGAUAUAUUUUAUAGCCGUAGUGAAAAGUUACCAAUCAGAAAUGUAGCCAGAGGAACGAACAUUAUUUGAGUUCAUAUUUUAAUAAUAGAUUUAUUAAAGUGUUUA